AUGGGCUCGGAGGGCAGAGAGUCUGCUGGUCGGCUCUUAAUGACCUUUGCAGACAUUAAGUCCAAGACAUUUUCUUUAUCACCUCAAGGCGUGACAGAGUCGUGCAGCAUCCUAACAUGCCUGAAUGGAGUCAUCCGAAGUGCUGCCCUGUGGGGAGGUGUAGCAAUGAUGUUUGCCCACAAUGUACAUGCAUUCGCAGUUGACGACGACAGGACAGGAUAUAGUGACAGUGAGAUCUCUAGCGGGACAGGAGAUGUGUCGAAGGACUGUCCUGAGAAGAUUCUGGAAUCCUGGGGAGGGAUCCUCAACAGAUGGCAAGGAAACCUGUUGACACGACCCAAGGGUCUGUCUGCUCUGGUGAAGCCUGGGAUCCCAGAGGCCUUACGAGCUGAAGUCUGGCAGCUCCUGUCUGGCUGCCACAAUGAUCAGCCUCUGCUGGAGCAAUACCGCAUCCUCAUUACCAAGGACUCCGCUCAGGAAGCCGUCAUCACCAGAGACAUCCAUCGCACCUUUCCUGCUCACGACUACUUCAAAGACUCAGGCGGCGAUGGCCAAGACUCUCUCUACAAGAUCUGCAAGGCUUAUUCUGUGUAUGAUGAAGAGAUUGGAUAUUGCCAAGGUCAAUCAUUUUUGGCAGCCGUAUUACUUUUACAUAUGCCUGAGGAGCAAGCUUUCUGCGUGCUGGUGAAGAUCAUGUACAACUACGGUCUUCGAGAGCUCUACAAAAACAACUUUGAAGAUCUUCACUGCAAGUUCUACCAGCUGGAGCGUCUGCUGCAGGAGCAGUUGCCUGACCUGUGGUCUCACUUCCAGGACCUGAACCUGGAGGCCCAUAUGUAUGCGUCCCAGUGGUUCUUAACACUGUUUACCGCCAAGUUCCCUCUCUGCAUGGUCUUCCAUAUCACCGACCUGCUCCUGUGCGAGGGGUUGAACAUCAUCUUCAAUGUGGCGCUGGCUCUUCUGAAGACCUCCAAGGAAGACUUGCUUCAAGCUGACUUUGAGGGUACGCUGAAAUUUUUCCGGGUCCAGCUCCCAAAACGCUACAGGGCGGCAGAGAACGCUCGGCGCCUGAUGGAGCAAGCUUGCAAUAUCAAGGUGCCAACAAAGAAGCUUAAGAAGUUUGAGAAGGAGUAUCAGUCUCUGAGAGAGAGCCAGCUGCAGCAGGAAGACCCUAUAGACCGAUAUCAGAGAGAAAACCGGCGGUUGCAGGAGGCCAGUAUGCGUCUGGAGCAGGAGAACGAUGAUCUUGCCCAUGAACUGGUGACCAGCAAGAUAGCACUGAGGAAUGACCUGGACCAGGCUGAGGACAAAGCUGAUGUUUUAAACAAAGAACUGCUCAACACUAAACAACGCCUGGUAGAGACCAAGGAGGAGAAGAGAAGGCAAGAGGAGGAGACGGCACAGCUGAAGGAAGUGUUCAGAAGAGAGCUGGAGAAAGCGGAGUUAGAGAUCAAGAAGACCACAGCCAUCAUAGCCGAGUAUAAACAAAUAUGUUCCCAGUUAAGUACGAGGCUGGAGAAACAGCAGGCGUCCACAAAAGAGGAACUGGAUAUAGUUAAAGCUAAAGUGAUGGCGUGUGAGCGCUGUAGGGAAGUGUUCAGCAAAGACGGACCCCUGCAGAUCCCGGCGGUGAGUCAGGACAACCGGGACACAGACCUGGAUGAGGAGAAGGACUCGCUGAAGGCCCAGCUCAGAGAGCUAGAACUAGAGCUGGCGCAAACCAAACUCCAGCUGGUGGAGGCCAAGUGCAAGAUCCAGGAGCUGGAGCAUCAGAGGGGUGUUUUGAUGACUGAGGUCCAAGCUGCCAAAAACUCCUGGUUCAGUAAAACACUGGGCUCCCUCAAGAAUUCAGCCAGUAACCAGGCACCCUCCUCACCCAAAGAGGGCCAGUAGGACUCGCCAAGGGCUUAACCAAAGGGUAGAGGAGCGUGACCCUUCCACUUGGCCAAUCGGAGUAGAAAACAAGCUCUAAUGAACACUACUAGCAGCACAACAUGGCAAUGCAGUGUUCCCUCACAUGGACUAAUGGAUGACUUCCACAUACACUUAACAGUAUGUUAUGAUUUCCUUAGCUUGUGAUGCCACGUACUGGACAGUAACAGUACUACAGUGAUUAUUAUGUUCAUCCAGUUAUCAACUUCUGCAGAUGGAUUUUUUUGUUAGUAAACAGUCAGUUCUAACAUGCAAGUACAUAAACUAUGACCUUUAGACGCCAAUUCAAAGGUUUUUUUUUUCUCAGAGGGAAUACUGCAUUCUGCUAACUAUUACAAGAAAAAAAAUCGUUUGUUUUUCUAUAUAGAAAUAAUAAAUGUAACUUUUGUCAUAAGUGUGUAUAACUAAAUGUUGAUUUUUCUUUUAAUCUUGUACAGUUCGGAAAGAAAAGUGUUGCAUUAUUUUUUACGAUCUUUAUAAAUGUCAAAUACCGAAAAGCACAGACAAAUUGACCAUGUAUCACAUGACAUUCCCUCCGUCCUGUAGACUGUUUGAGGGUCCGUUUAGGAGUGAGCUGAUCACGUGAGACUUAUCAGAUGACACACAAUGGCUACACAAUAUUGACCUGCCAAGUCGCACAUAGUGCUUAUUUUAUGUUAUUUAACAGGUAUACAUGAGCCAUUCGGUGACGGAUGCCAUGCAGAAAUCAAGAAUGUGUUGAGAUGUCUCAUUUUUUUAAGGACAUAAGUAAACCAGGUCGCGCAGAUGUAUUGUUUAGGUCAGUGUGACUUCAAAGCCAUAUGAAGUCAGUCUUUGCUUCAUUUCUUCUGCUAUUUGUCAGAAUAUCCAUAUUAAUAACUUCACUCUACGUAGGGAAGUGAAAUAUUCUGCAUGGCUCAUAUUCACACUAACAAGUCACCAUAUUGUGAACAUGCUUUAUUUACACUGAUGUAAGAAAAAAAUAUUUCUUGUCUCCUAUUUUGGAUUUUUUUUUAACUGUGAUUUAAACUGUGAUUUAAAGAUGCCAAACUAAUUAUACAAAUUAAGAAAGAGAUGUCAGUUGAAUAUAAACUUAUAGUGCUGUCCUGUGGGUUUCUAUGGAUGGUUACAGGUGUUUUUACAUAACGUAAUCUACAGGACAGAAGACAUUGCUUCUGUGCGUUUGGUUUAUUGUCGGUUCAUCAGUUUCAUUGUUCCAGCCUGCUGAUGUCUGUCUAAUUACUAUCUGACAGUAAAUAUCUGGUUCUUGAUCCCAUGUGUGACUACGAGUCUGCUUCAUUUGAUUCACACCUUUCGUUCAAUAAA